AUGGCAGCGGCGAAUAAGACUUUGGACGCCUUAUUACAGUCUCAUUUAGACGUAUUCCGGUCUGCAGUUCCCUCACAGGAUUAUCACACCGUUCACGACUCUUUCGAAGCAACAUUCUUUAGCAAUGAUAGAGAUCGAGCAGAUUGCGAGUCAGCUUGGAAAGAUCUUGAGAAAGUUCUCUCAUCGAUAUCCUCAACUUUGAUCGAUGACAAAUCGCGUUGUAAAGUAUUGAAAACUGCACAAUUACUCAAACUUAUUAUUGGAGAUACUAAAGGAGAACAACUGGCUUACUUGUUGAAAUAUAAGUACUUUGUUGGUGGAGUACUGUUUGAGAAUAGCAUCUUGAGAGUUUUAUGCUGUUUUUUGAGUUGGGGAACUACGAUCAAUAAUGUAAUCGGUAUGGAAGAGAAAAAAGGCGUUGUUGGAAAGUACAGGGUCGAUUUAAGCAUGGAUAGCGAACUCGUGCAACUCUUGAAGACUUUAUUGAGCGCAUGGUCAGAUCCGACAUUCGUUAAACAUGGCUCGACCAGGAGUCAUCUCUAUCUUACGAACGCCAUUCUCAUAAUAUUUGGAUACCUUCCUAAGGAGGUCUUGAUCGAUACUGGCACCUCCAAGAUUCUUGCAACAGGCGUGACGCAUUGGCUCGGAGGUUCUUUUGCAGAAUCAAGAAAGAUUGGAAUGGUUACAGCCGAGACGCUGUCGCAACUUACAGAUAAUCCUGAUAAAGUAUUAGAUUUUGGUUUAGCUUCUGAUGACGAGUUUGUGAACCAGCUGAGGAUUAUCUCCAAAGCCAGAGAUGCUUUUGUAGAAGAGGCCAACGAUGAUGAGGAUGAAGAGAAUGAGGAGAAUAAAAAAGAAGAAGCGAUGGAAGAAAUCAAAGAAGAAAAUCGUCAGACGGCAAGUAAACAAAUAAUUAGUCCUGUCAAUACGUCUACGCAUACCACUGCAAAAAGUGGUAGCAGAAUCCAACAGAUACCUGAUUCGGACGAUGAAGAUGACUUUGUGCCAUACCCUAUGGAAGAAGAAAGUGAUAGUGAGAACUCUGACGUUGAAUUUUCGUUGCGAGAGAAGGGGAAGAAAAUCGCAGUACCAGUUUAUUUGAGAGACUUGAUUGCAUAUCUAAAAUCACACGAAGAACCUAAUAAGAUUGAGAUUGGGUUGAAGCACGCAAGUGAAUUGAUUUGUAAGAAAAGCACAUUCGGAACUGAGCUAGAUGAACAUGCCAUUGAUCUGGCUGCUGCCUUGAUGUCGAUUCAAGAUUCUUACAAGAUUAAAGAUUUUGAAGAAAGUAGGAAUGCUGCACUUGUAGCACUCGGUUGUGGAAGUCCAAAAAUUGUUAUUCCAUACCUUAUUCAAUACUUGGUAGAAAAGCAACUAUCCAUAGCUCAGAGAUUCACGAUACUGGAUGUCAUCGCAAAAUGUGCUCGAGGAAUAUCGGGCAUAGAAUCACAGGAGUCUACAUCGGCUGACGGAAAAUAUGCUCUUAAUACGGUCAGAAGACAACCAACGGGAGAUAGUCUUGAUGCUAUUCAGCAACUGAGCGUCCCAGUGGGUAAAAUUACACGAAUUUCGAAACGACCGCAGAUUGAGGUUGCGCGUGCAAAAUCCGUCGGUGUUAAUAGAUUUGACGAAUUGGCUUACAAGACAUUUUUUGCCCCCUUGGCUACUGGAUGGUGGAGCUGGGCUCGUGAUAGGAAUCGAACACAAUUUAUGUACGAGCCUCUUCUGAUUCAAAAGAUAAUCACGACCUUGGCAGUGAUUGUUGAAUGUUCAAAAAACUGUUUAUCGCUUUCAAUAAUAGUACGCGAGUUUUGGGACUUGAUCCUUUCUCUUCGGUAUUACUCAGAUCCCAUAGUCCAAGGUUCGAUACUCUACAGUCUUAGUAUAAUUCUAAGCAUGGUUGCUAAACGUGAUAUCGCAGAGUCGCACGGGAAAGAAUUGGUAGAGUCGCAAGAGUGGGUUACAAGCAUAUUUGAGAAAUCGGAAGAUGAGAAACUAAGGUCUAUGGCGGUAUUGAUUUUAGUAAGAAUCAAGAAUAUUGUAGGAGAAUAUCAGAGAUUGUUGAUUGGAGAGCUAUUGCCUGUCGUCUAA